AUAUAUCCUGUAGGGGGAGGGUUAAAGGGAAAUUGACCUUUUAAGAUACAGAGAGCACAGUCAUCCAUCUCGGAAGGCGGAGGAAACACCUUGAAAAACCUUUAAUACUCAAACAAGCUGGACUUGAAAGGUUGAAAGAGAGGUACAUGUCCUUCUGCCUAUGAAGAAAGCUGAUUUAUAGAAGCUGGACCCAAAAGCAGCAAUGCAGUGACUGCAAUAAGAGGAAAAUAGCAGAAUUUUAAAAAUAUCCAAAAAGAGGGAAAGCAACAAUUUCCCAGAUUUGCACUAUUCUUACUAAGUGCGAUCAGAGCCUUUUCUCUUGUCACAUUCUGGAAACCACCGAGGUUUGAAGAUGGCCGAAGCACCAAAAGAAUCAACAAGUAACAUUGGAUUGGAGGAAAUGGGCACAGAGAGGCAAGAACCCAAAAAAGAGCAGAAGACAUUUACGGUGGAAGAAGCCGUGGAAACCAUCGGGUUUGGGAGGUUUCAUAUAGCACUUUUCCUGAUUAUGGGCAGCACUGGUGUGGCUGAAGCCAUGGAGAUCAUGCUAAUAGCUGUUGUUUCUCCAGUCAUCCGCUGUGAGUGGCAGCUUCAAGAUUGGCAGGUGGCUUUAGUGACAACGAUGGUGUUUUUUGGCUAUAUGAUAUUCAGUAUACUCCUUGGAUUGCUAGCUGACAGGUACGGUCGCUGGAAGAUUCUGCUGAUCUCUUUCCUGUGGGGGGCCUAUUUCUCCUUGCUGACAUCAUUUUCUCCAUCCUACAUCUGGUUUGUUUUCCUCCGGGCCAUGGUGGGAUGUGGCGUGUCAGGCCAUGCACAAGGGCUUAUCAUAAAAACUGAAUUUUUGCCUACAAAAUACAGAGGAUAUAUGUUGCCCUUAUCUCAGGUGUUCUGGUUGGCAGGUUCCCUAUUAAUUAUUGGAUUGGCAUCAGUGGUUAACCCAACCAUAGGCUGGCGCUGGCUGAUCAGAAUUGCCUCUAUUCCUGGUGUUGUUCUUAUCCUUGUGUUUAAGUUCAUUCCAGAAUCUGCCCGGUUCAACGUAUCUAUUGGAAAUAACAAAGCGGCCAUUGAAACAUUGGAGCGGAUUGCCAGGAUUAACCGCUCAGUAAUGCCUGAAGGGAUCUUGGUGGAGUCUGUUAAUGAAAGAAGAGGUAGAUUCAAAGACCUGAUGCACCCCAAAUACUUGCGAACCACCUUGCAAAUAUGGAUCAUCUGGCUGGGAAUAGCUUUUGCUUAUUAUGGAGUCAUCCUGGCCAGUGCUGAGUUACUGGAGCGGGACCUGGUUUGUGGCUCUCAGGCAUCAGUAACGGAAGAAUUUGGAGAUCAUUCACAGGAAAACCAAAGCCCGUGUCACUGUCGCUUAUUUGCCCCUUCAGAUUACCAGACCAUGAUCAUCAGCACAAUUGGAGAGAUUGCAUUAAAUCCCUUAAAUAUUGUAGGCAUCAAUUUUCUAGGAAGACGACUGAGCCUGUCUAUAACAAUGGGAUGCACUGCUCUGUUCUUCCUGCUUCUCAAUGUCUGCACAACAAGUGCUGGUCUGAUCGGUUUUCUUUUCAUGCUGCGUGCUUUGGUGUCAGCAAACUUCAAUACCAUCUACAUUUACACAGCAGAGGUUUAUCCCACUACUAUGCGAGCACUGGGGAUGGGGACAAGUGGGUCAUUGUGUCGGAUUGGAGCUAUGGUGGCACCAUUUAUAGCACAAGUUCUCAUGAGUGCAUCAUUCCUUGGAGCCCUGUGUCUUUUCUCAGGAGUGUGCAUUGUUUGUGCCAUCUCUGCCUUCACUUUGCCCAUAGAGACCAAAGGAAGGGCACUCCAGCAAAGUAAAUGAAUGCAGAUACCCUGGCUUAGCUCCAGUGGCAGAGAUAAAGGAACAUUUGGAAUAUUUCCUGAAUUUCAUCUGAGCUGUAUUUUAUGUUGAUUGCUUUUUGAUGCCAUUUCUGGAAAGAGGAGGUAUAAAUAAUUGCAGAUGAAGUGCACACAAUCUACAUUUUCUACAGCACAUUUUUGGAAAAAAUUGCCAUUUGUAUUGUUCCUGUGAUUCAAUAAAUAAAUGAUUUCUUUCCAUCCCCCCCACUCCAGUCGCAGCAAGAGGAAGUCUCUUUACUAUGUACACAGUUAACGCCAUGCCACAAAAAGGCCGGUGGAUGA